CACGUGCAACCGGGCUGCGCUCUCUCGCACCACUCUCCGGGGGUCCGACGGUCUGCCGUAGCUCCCCACCCAAGGCCGACGGCGUCUGCAAACCUCCCACCUAAGGCCUGAGAAAUGAUACAGGUGAGGUUAAAGCCAAAUUUACUCCGUGCCCAUUGUGCAAGCUACAUUUGCACCUGUUCCGUCAUCGCAAGCCCGCAAACAGGGGGUCGAAGCCAUCUAGGACAACCGCAGGCUCUGAAUAGGGGUAAGGCUGCAGAGAAGCCAAGAUACGUACGAAGCAGACGAGUUGCGGGGCCACCUUGACUAGCAACUAAACGCGUCCCAACCGACGCAGACCUACUUCCAACGGCUCAAAAUGCCUUCGGCAGUUGACACCCAAGACAACGGCCUGCACGUCGCCAUCAUCGGCGCGGGCAUCACAGGCAUCAACCUGGCGCUAGGCUUGCAAGCCCGCAACGUGUCCUUCGCCGUCUACGAGCGUGCGCCCGAGUUCCGCGAGAUCGGGGCGGGCAUCGGCUUCAGCCCCAACGCGGAGCGGGCUAUGGGCCUGCUCAGCCCCGCGGUGCUGUCGGCCUUUAAGCGCGUCGCCAACCCCAACGGCGAGGACUACUUCCAGUGGAUCGACGGCUACGGCACUGACGAGCUGCUCUUCAAGCUGCACGUGGGCAAGGACGGGUUCCAGGGGUGCCGGCGCAGCGACGUGCUCGAGGAGUGGGCAAAAUUGCUGUCCGACGGCGCGGUGCAGUUUGGUAAGGAGCUCGACACCAUCUCUUCCGAGUCGUCCGCGGACGGGAACCGCCAGCCGCUGCGGCUGCACUUCAAGGACGGCACCACGGCGCUCGCCGACGCCGUCAUUGGCUGCGACGGCAUCCGGUCGCGGGUGCGCGAGCUAAUCCUCACCAACCCCGAGACUCAAUCCGUACCCACUUCAGCGCACCCGCACUACACGCAAAAGUUCUGCUACCGUGCUCUCGUGCCUAUGUCCCGCGCCGUGGCCGCCGUGGGCCCCUACCGCGCGGGAACGCGCUUUAUGUACAACGGCCCUGGGGCACACGUCAUCACGUACCCUGUCGGCGGCAACACGGUGCUGAACGUGCUGGCCGUGCUGUCAGAUCCGAGCCCCGUCUGGCGGCCUCUGCUGCCAGGGUCUGACACAGAAGACAACAACAACAACAACAACAACAACAACAACAACGUGAUCAGUGUCAACAAACACACAGCCCCAGGCAGCAAGGCCGAGGUGGAGGCCGCGUUCGCCGCGUGGCAGCCCACCGUGCGGAGCAUUGUCGCCUUGCUCCCGGAGGAAGGCAUGGACAAGUGGGCCAUCUUUGACAUGGCCGAGCACCCGGCGCCGGGGUAUGUGCGGGGCAGGGUGUGUGUGGCGGGUGAUGCGGCACAUGCUACCGGUCCGCAUCUGGGUGCCGGGGGUGGGAUGGGCAUUGAGGAUGCGCUUGUGUUGGCGGAGUUGUUGGCUGAGGUUGACCGGCGUGUGCGUGUGCGAGCACCGGGAUUGGAGAAUGAAGAGAGGGAACUUGAACGGGGAAAAGAGAGGUUGGUGGAGACGGCGCUGGCAUUGUACAAUGCUGUGCGGUACGAGCGGACGCAGGGCGUGGUUCGCUCGACCAGGGCGGCAUGUGAUUUGUUUCAUUGGAAGGAUCCGGCCGUGGGGAGGGAUCCGGAACGGUUUGGGAGAGAGAUCACGGGGAUGUUUCAUGCGGUUUGGGAUUAUGAUGUUGAGGGGAUGGUUGUGGGGGCGCUGGCGCAGUGGGAUGCGAGGGCGGAAAAGCUGUAGGUGGAUAUGAAUGGGAGAUGUCAAUUUGCUGGUUGUUUGGAUCAACAUCCAGGGUUGUCAAAGGGAGUCUAGCUCCAUCCCUCCGGGCUAGCAUCAGUUCUUGACUACGCCAUCAGGCAGGGGACGCUGAAGGAACCAUGCCAAGUCACUCUCAGCUGGACAACGCUGUAAGUACUAGUAGCAUCUCAAGGCAACUGUGAGAUCACGAGAUUCUAUACCAGCGAUCAUUGCUUAGUAUCAGCACAAGAGCAGACUUUGCCCCUCGUCAAGCCUACGACACUAGUCCAAGUCCAUCCAUCCUUGGAUCUCGUCCAGGGUGAGGACGUAGUCACUGUUAUAGACCUAGCAGGUGUUAAUCUCAUUGUCUU